GAUGUUCGAUUUUCGAAUUUCAACGGAAAACACUUGAUUGGGUUGAUUUUGGCAACUUGAAAACGAUUUUCAUGAAUGUGUAUUUUUGUGGAAUAAGCAUGGAUAUUAUUAUAAAUAUAAAUUAAAACUGUCUUAGUUACCAUGGAACCUUCGAAGGAGGCUAUUGCAGUGCGGAUCACCCGCCUCAAUCGCCAAAUCUUGGGCAAAGUGACCAGUGGUUCUAGCAAACUGAACAAAAAGACAAUAGAUCGUGAAGCUCUGUUGGAUGCCCUUACAGUUCUUUAUGAUGAGUGCAAUGAUGAUCCAGUUAAGAAAAGCGACGACCUUGUUAAAACCUUUGUGGACAGAUAUCGCAGUACACUUGCCGAAUUACGCAGAACUAGAGUAUGUCUCUCAGAUUUUGAGAUUUUACAAACUAUUGGCAGAGGCCACUUUGGUGAAGUCCAUAUGGUCCGAGAGAAAGAGACAAGCGAUGUGUAUGCAAUGAAGACCAUGCGCAAGGAGGAGGCUCGCAAGAGAGCCACCACUGAGGACGAGCGAGAUGUGCUGGCGAACGCCAACGGGCCCUGGAUGCCACGCCUGCAGUAUGCUUUUCAGGACAACAGCAACCUGUACCUAGUAAUGGAGUUAUGCUCUGGCGGCGACCUGGCCGGGCUGCUGGCGCGCCGCAGCCAGCCGCUGGCCGAGCGCGACGCCGCCUUCUACGUGGCCGAGACCGCGCACGCGCUCAAGGCGCUGCACGGCUUGGGCUACGUGCACCGGGACAUCAAGCCGCACAACAUCUUGCUGGACAGAUGCGGGCACGUGAAGCUGGGCGACUUCGGGUCGUGCGCGCGGCUGGCCGAGGGCGGCGCGCUGGGCGCGGGCACGGCGGACUACGCGGCGCCCGAGCUGCUGGCGGCGGCGGACUGCGCGCGCCGCCACUCAGUCUGUCUCGCGCUCUGCCGCGGCAUCGCCGCCAACGCCAUUUCGGCGUGCGACUACUGGUCCUUGGGUGUGGUGGCGUUCGAACUGGUCACGCUAAAGCGGCCGUUUUCCACCGGGGAGGAAGACUCUAUUGCUGAAAUUCUUGCCAAUAUACAAAAAUACGAGCGCGAACCAGACGCAGAGCCGCCGUUCGAGCCGGCCCCGAAUGGGCCGUCCGCCGCCUGGCGCUCGCUAGUGGCGGGGCUGCUGCGCGUGGCGCCGGCGCGCCGCUACAACUACCUCGACACGCUGCAGCACGCCGCGCUCGCGCACGCGCACCUGCACUCCAUCCGCGACCAGGCGCCGCCGUGGGUGCCGACGCUGCGGGGUGCGGAAGACGCGGCGUACUUCCGCGCGGAGCCGCGGGACGCGCGCCCGCCCUCCGCCGCGCCCUUCCGUUCCCGCCCGCCCUUCGCCGGACAGCUGCCGUUCAUUGGAUACUCGUAUGUAGCACCAGAAGAAAAUGAAGAUAGUCACAGUGGAGGUUUCAACGCUUCACACGACUGUACUGCUAUAGAUUUGGCUACGUUCAAAUCAGCAGAAAAACUAGCAGCGAUGCGUGGACGAGAAAUAGCAUCACUUCAAAACAAACUGGCUGCGGCAGAGGCGGCGGCGGGCGCGGCGGCCGAGAAGACUCGUCGCGACGCCGACGCCGAGGCCGAGCGGACGCGCGCCCGGCUACAGGCCGAGAUCACGGCGCUCAGCUUGCAGAACACCCGCCUCGAACGCCAAAUCGAAGUCGAAAAGGAAGAGCGGAUGGCUCUCCAGCGAACCAACCAGGAACUUUCCUCUGGUUUAGCCGAGCGCUCGGCGGCCGAAUUAGCGGCGGCGCGGGCCAACGCGGCCUUGCUGCAGGCCGAGCGGGACAGCCUGAGGGACUGCACGCGGAGGCUGGAGGCACGGGUAGCGGAAUUACAGGCAGAGUGCGCCCGCGCCGCUUCGGCGGCUGAUGAAGCUAGGGUCCAGCAUAUGCAUUAUAAGGACUCGGUAGCUAAAGAACGCGCGUUACGUCGUCAAACCCUCACCGGAGGAGAAGUUGAAAGCCGUGAGAUGGCGGCUCGCUUGGCAGCGGCCGAGGCGGCUACGGCCCGAGAAGUGAGAGCGCGCGAACAAGCCGCCACUCGUCUUGCAGACUUAGAGGAUGAAUACGGAACGCUACAGGCCGAGCAGUGCGCGUUGCAAGCUGAAUUAGACGACGCGAGGACUGAGCUUGCUGCUGUUAAGAUGGCGGCUCGCUUACCAGCGGCUGAGGCGGCUACGGCCCGAGAAGUGAGAGCGCGCGAACAAGCCGCGAACCGCUUAGCCGACUUAGAAGAUGAAUACGGAACGCUACAGGCCGAGCAGUGCGCGUUGCAAGCCGAGUUGGACGACGCGAGGACUGAGCUUGCUGCUGUUAAGAUGGCGGCUCGCUUGGCAGCGGCCGAGGCGGCUACGGCCCGAGAAGUGAGAGCGCGCGAACAAGCCGCGAACCGCUUAGCCGAUCUAGAGGAUGAAUACGGAACACUACAAGCUGAGCAAUGCGCGCUGCAGGCCGAGUUGGACGACGCGAGGACGGAACUUGCUGCUGUUAAGGAAUCUAUGAAAGACAAACAACACUCAGUGGACUCGUCUGCAAACUACCUGAAGGAAGCCCAGCAACAGUUGGCGCAGGAACGCGUGCGCAGCUCGUCUCUGCAGGCGCAAGUCAAGGAAUUAGAGCGAGGGCUGCAAGAAGCAGCACGCCGGGAGGCAUCUUUAGAAGAGCAGUGCUCGCGCACCGAAGCGCGUCUCAACGAGCGAUUGGACGCGGCCGAGACACGCGUGGCCGCCGCCGUUGGCGACGAGGCCCGUCACCGGGAGAAGGUGAACACCCUAGAGCAGCUAGUCCGUCAGCUCGAGCGCGAAGUCAGCGCAUUAGAAUCACGCGGCUGCGCGCAGUGCGCGGCGCGCGCCGACAAGCACGAGGAGGCCGCCAGCGACACCGAGAGUCACGAGGAAGCCGCCAGCGACACCGAGAGCGUCACCGACGCUGCCCAUGCACAGCUGGCGCUCCUCAAGGAGCAGCUGGAGCGGGCUGAGAACCAGUUGCAGGCUCGCGCCGAAGAAAUGGCCAAUCUACGUCAAGAAGCCAGAACUGCGAAUCUUGCAAGGUGGCGAAAGGAACGAGAAUACAACGACCUGUCAGUAGAAGCGAAGUCCGCCGCGCGCGAUCUCAAACGCCUUGAAGAACGAUUGUCCCAUGCUACGGAAGCGCGCAGGACGGCUGAGCAGAAAGCCAGCAGUUUACAGAACGAACUGGCGACUCUGAAGCCGCAAUACGAACAGGCUAGCAAGGAGGCUGAGAGGGCCAAGGAACAGCUGGAGAAACUGAGGAAGGCACAUGAAACUGCGGUGGCUGAAGUCGACAGAUCGCGCAACGACAUUCGCAAGCUGAAGAGCGAACUCCAAUACAGCGAGAAGCGGCGACUGCACGCCGAGGAAGAAGAGGAACUGUCAAGUCGCGAGCGCGCGCAACUCCGCGACGAACUCAACCAGUUGCGCGCGCAGACCAAUGACGUCAUGCAGAACAACAAAGCUCUCCAAGAAGCAUGCAGUCUACUAGAAGAGCAGUUGACAGAUUUGGAGAAAUUGGCCGAUAUUCACGAAAUAAAGAACAAAGAUCUUGAAAACGAAACCCAGCGCCUCCGUUCAGAGCUGGAGGCGUGUCGCUCGCGCCUGCAAGAGGCGGAACAAUUAGCAACUGAGCGUGGUACCGCCGCGUCUCUGGCGGCGCAGAGCGGCGGCGAGGCGCGCGACCAGGCCCGCCACGCGCACUGCCAACUGCAGCUGCUGCGGGAGCGCCUAGAGAGCCGCGAAGGGCGCGUGGCCGAGCUGGAAUCCCGCGUGGCAGCACUAGAGGGCGAGCGCUCAGCCACGGACGCAGCGCUAAGUAGCGCGCUGCGGCGCGUGCGCGACCUGCAGGAAGAGAGCAGCGCGCUGCGCACGCGCGCGCACGACCACCACGCGCACGCGCUGCAGCUGCAGGCGCAGCUGGCCGACGCGCAGGAGGAGUUGUCGGCGGCGCGCGAGGCGGCGGAGGCGGCGGCGGCGUGGUGGCGCACGCGCGAGACCAAGGCCGACGCCACGCUGCGACAGCAGGCCAAGCUCAUCGACUUCCUGCAGGCAAAAGUAGAAGAGGCCGGUCGGAAAAAAUGUUCGUUGAGCAACAAACUCUUCGGACGGUCCGGGCGGAGAUCUGCCGCGUCACCGCCCCUUCGCCGGGCUAACAGGGAACUUCGCGAAGAAGUAGAAAGGCUACGAGCAAAACUCGCUUCAAGAAAUGGCGAAGUCGAAUAUCCUCCAACUCCUAGAAGAGAGAAACCAAAAUCUGCAGUAAAUGGAAGGAAAAGCAUAGAUACGCCAGACGGACCUCAAGAUAAUAAUACCGUUCAAGUCGUUUGGUCGGACGGGGUUCGUGAGCGGGCACGUGCACGAGUAUCGGGCGCGGCGCUUGUACUGGUCAGCGGCGAGCAACAACUGCGGGCCAAACUACUCGCGCCAGAUGCCGGCGACCUGCCGCAGAACGAGGCUAACCGAGCUUUUAUUGUAAAAAUGGAAAGUCCAGCCCGAUGCGAGCGCGCAGCUAUAGUGUGUGGCAGCUUAGAAGACCGACGAGCGUGGUUAUCUCGCCUGCAGCCCGCGCCCGCGCCGCCCGGCUACCACCCGUCCUCGCUGUGCCUGUUGGAUACCGAACCCGCUGCUGCCCUGCACGUCGCUGUCAAUGCUUCUCAAUGCCCUGCUGAAAUGUUAUUAAAAACCAAAUAUGUAACCGCCUCUGAUGCAUUGACACAAGUCGCUUACAUUAAAAUAAUGUUUUUUAUAGGUUGCAUAGACGGCUUGCACUCACUCCGCGGCCCGAUUCGCCUGGAGUUCGAAUCCGACGUGUCUCCACCACGCCUAUCGUCGCAGCCCUCGGUUCAGAGUAUGGCGGCAGCUAACGGGCGCGCAUUACUCGUGUACAACGGCGCGCUAGUACACGCGGGAUUGUUAGCGUUGGGCUCGUCGCUACGCCGCUCCAGCAACCUCAAGCCUACUGUGGAAGUCAGCAAAGUGCGUCUGCCGGAUACCACACCUCCGCAUUUGGUUAAGGCGAUAUCGAGUGAUAUAAUGGAAGGUCCGUGCGCAGUGGUCGCGUGUGGCCGACGAGUGUUCCUCCUCCGCUUCGAUGCUUCCACCACGGAGUUCAGGAUCGCGCGAUCCCUUACCGUGGACCGCGCGCCGUCUUCGCUCCUGCUCACAUCGCGCGCUCUCUACAUCGCCGGCGAGAAGCCACUAAAGGUUCUUCUACCCUCCGGCGCCCUCGAAGCCUUCGGAAUGGAAGAACCCAUCAUCGCGGCGGCAGCUAGGAAACACUCGCCCCCCAAAGCGAUUCUCUUGGUCCGCGAUAAGCCGACCGAAAUCCUCCUCUGCUACGCGGAAUGCGGCGUGUUCGUCGACGAAAACGGGCGGCGCACGCGCAGCGAAGACCCUAAAUGGAGUUCCGCGGCGCGCGCCUGGGAGUAUGUGCAUCCUUUCCUGUACGUGGCGGGCGACGACCGCGUCACCGUGCUCUACGUCACCGACGACGUGUUCCGCGCGCCGCCCUGCACCUGCGACACCGCGUCCCUCGCCUCCACCGCCUCCGAGUGCUACAUGCCCGAGAUAUUCAACCUGAAGGUCAACGAACCCGCGCUGCUCGGGACCGCGCCCAACGGAGUCAUAAUCCGAACGAAGGACGAAGAGGGCCAUCGCGUGUCGGUCGUGGAGGGAAUGGCCGCCUUCAAGAGUGUCGGCGCGUCCGUGGAGUCUCUCGAAACUAUCUCAGACUCGAAAGGGUCGUCGACCGACUUGGCUCAGUCGAUAACCGACCUGACGACCCCGCAGGAUGUCUCCCAAGAGAGCGUGGAGGUCACGUCGGGGUUCCUGGCCGAUAUCCGAAAACGUGCCCGGCAGCUUCGAAACAAACACCGCAAGGAGCGGACGCCCGAUGACGUCAUAAAAGAAAUCCUCACCACCGAGGUGGGUCUGAAGCGUUCUUACACGAGCGGGAGAAAGUCCCCCGCGACCGUUUCGGAAUUCGACUCGGACUCCACUGAGAGCGAGGAAAAAACGGAGUCGCCCAAAGGAACCGCCGAUUUGUGUGCGGAGAUGUUCACGAGGCAAGUUCGAUUUCAGUAAUUCAAUACCGCCCUUUUGUAGCAAUUAAGCCUAGACUCAGACCACCGAUUUUUUGUUGGCCGAUAGUUCAGUCGGGCAAUUAAUCAGUAGGAGCAUUGAGCAUGUAUGGAAGUGCGCACAUUACACCGAUUGAUUCUUCAUACAAAUUAGAAUCGGGCCCAACUAUCGGCCGACUAAAAAUCGAUGGUCUGCGCCUUGCUAAAACUUACCGAAAUAUUUUUAGUCAGCAUUAACCAUAAAAUGUAGUCAUAAUACCUACCCAUAAGUGAUAUACAUAAUAUUUUUUUUAGUUCAAACUCAUAACCAUUAUAACUUAAUAAUAUUUGAGAGUAGAAACUUACCCAGGCUUAGCCAUUUUUGUAUUGGAUCUCUAAAGCUGAUAAUUUCAUGCUCAAUAAUUAAAAUUGAAAGUCCGAUUGCCAGGAACUUUCGUUUUAAGUACUUCUAUUUUAGGUAAAACUAGUUUCAUUGUGUAAUUGAUGUAAGGUAAUUUUAUUUAUAAGUAUUUAUUGUUUGGGAUUUAACAUUUAGUGAGUAAUUUUGAUGACGAGAAAUAUUGUCUGCUUUGACAUAACAACAAAGUAUAGGGAUGAGUUUUUACUUCUCAAUGCCUGUCUUCCCGUAGGCGGAAAAACGCCCAAGGCCGUUUGUAUUCAUCCGUUUUUUCACCGGACGACGGACCGUCAAAAACCGGUUAUCCAUUGUUUGCUGUCAAUCUUCUCGCCGGACGUAAGUCCGAUGCAUGUGCACACGUUCAUUAUAAACCAUACACCACCGCUAUCAGCCGAAAAAAUCGGGCCGUAGUCCGGUCAAAAAUAUUUACAAGCAGCCCAAGGCUUUUAGUUCAACAUUAAUAUUGUUUUUCAUAUAUCUUAUAUGAUCCACUUUAACACACUCAAUAGACCAAUACAAUUUUAGACUAUUUUGUACAUGGAAAAAUGUUAUUACAUAAAACAAUUUAUUACUACUAUUAUAAAGGUAGGUACCUAAGUGUAUCCUAUUUAGGAAGUUGACCGAAUUGAAAAUUAAUUGUUUCAAGGUAUUAUUAUUGAUGUAUUAGUUAAUAUUUCUUAUACUGUGAUUUGCUAUUAAUUUUAACUGAUGUUAAGAUUUAGUUUUAACUUUUUAUUUGUAUAACUUUUAAGUCUAAAGAGAGGUAAAUACAAAACGUAUGGCUCUCUGUUUGCUAAGUCGUUUGAAUGUAUGGGUUUAAUAUAAGCAAUGUUUGUUAUGUAUGUAUGACAUGUUAUAAAUAUAUAUUUUUACACAUAGUCUGAUUU